AUGGCUCUGAACGAGGCGAAAAUUCCGCGUGAUAACGUCGACGAGACGAAAGAAGAAGUGGGGCGUCUUCAGCAAUACAAGAAUCUUACAAAACAUGAGGAACUUCGCCGUCGUCGUACUGAAUGCAGUGUAGAGAUUCGUAAGCAAAAAGGAGCGGACAUGAUGAUGAAGCGUCGUAAUAUCGUGGAUGAUGUUGAAGAAGAAUUUGCGUCAGAAUCAGAAGUUGAUGAGCCAAAGAAACAACCAACUGUUCGAUUGUCGAAUGAUGAAAUCAAAAGUAUUCUUUCGAAUAAUCCAUCUGAAAAUGAUAUGAUUCGUUGCUUCGAAUCAUUGAGAAAGUCCCUGUCAAAGACCAAGAAUCCACCAAUUGAUGAAGUGAUUCAAUCUGGUCUCCUGAUUGCUCUUGUUCAGGCUCUCACUGUUCAGUCUGAACGAGUCCAGUACGAAACUGCAUGGGCUCUAACCAACAUUGUCUCUGGAACUACUGAGCAAACGAUUGCAGCAGUUGAAGCAGGGGCAACUGCUCCAUUAAUCCAAUUAGCGGUUCAUUCGAGUUCACAAAUCUCGGAGCAAGCACUGUGGGCAGUUGCCAACAUUGCCGGAGAUUCAGCCCAACUUCGCGAUUAUGUCAUUAAAUGCCACGGAGUUGAAGCAUUGAUGUUUUUGGUGGAGAAGUUGGAGCAAUUUACUGAUUCGCAUGUCAGAACUAUUGCAUGGGCGUUUUCGAAUAUGUGUCGUCACAAAAAUCCUAAUGCUCCUUUGGAUGUUCUUCGUGUUCUUGCUCAGGGUCUUGUCAAACUCGUUCAGCAUCCGGAUAUUCAAGUUCGUCAAGAUGCUUGCUGGGCUGUGUCCUAUUUGACCGAUGGACCAGAUGAACAGAUUCAACUAGCCUGUGACAGCGGAGUUCUUCCACAUAUUGUGAAGUACUUCAAACACGCCGAGAAUCUCGUUGCUCCAGCCCUCCGGACGCUGGGAAAUGUCGCGACUGGAAAUGAUUCAUUAACACAAUCAGUUAUUGAUUUGGGAUGUCUUAAGCGAUUGGUUCCAUUAAUGGAGAAAACGAAAUCGUCAAGUAUUACAAAGGAAUGUUGUUGGCUUAUCUCAAACAUUAUCGCUGGAACUCAUGCUCAAAUUCAAUCAGUUUUGGAUGCAAAACUUCUGCCACUCAUUAUCAAUAUUUUCCAGUAUGGAGAUCAUAAAUGCCAAUUUGAAGCGUCUUGGGCUCUUUCCAACUUAGUUCAAGGAGGAACCGUCAAUCAGAUUUAUGCUCUGAUGGAAUGCAAUGCUGUGCCUGCAUUGUGUCAAGCUCUCAAACAGACAAAUACUGACAUGCUCACAAACACUUUGGAAACGCUCAGCCUUCUUAUGACCGCUGUCCAGGAUUGCUACAGCCAAGAACUAGAAGUUCUUCUUGAUCAAGUAGAAGAGAACGGCGGAUUGGAUGCAUUGGAACGCCUUCAGGAAUCACAAUCGGAACGAAUCUAUGAGCUAGCAUACAGUAUCAUCACUCAAUUCUUCACGGAUGACGAUGGUGCGAACGCAGAGAAUAAUCUUGCUACAAGAUCUGAUCAUGAUGCUCCAUGGUCCUUUUAA